AUGUGCACUGUUCUUCUCCUGUAUCUCUCUUCUCCAUGUCCAGUUUCUCUCUAUGGUGUUGGCACUGCACAUGCGGUUGAUGGUUUACGGCAGCAGUUUGGCCAUGAAAUGAUGGGGGUUUGGUCGGAUCUCAUGGCGAUCUACAGUAGCGGCGAUCUUGUCGUGAAUGAUGGGAUCUGCAGUAGCAACGAUCUGGCGGUGAAUGGUGGGGUUUUAGCUGGAUUUGGUGGCGCCGUGAUGGAGGCUGUGCCAUCUGUGGGUGUGCUAUAUCGCGACGUUGGUGAAAGGUUGGGCUAUCGGCAUAGAAGGAGGAGAAGGCUGCGUCGUCUGUGGAGCUGGUAUCUCGCGAGGCUGCGCCAUCUGUGGAGGUGCUAUAUCGCGGUGAUGGUGCGAAGCUGGGCUGCCGGCGGAGAUGGCGGAGCCAAUGAUGAUUGUUCCAUGCUAUGGAUUUACUAUGCAUUUCUCAAGUCUGAUAAUACCACACUUCUUAUUACCAUAAAUUCUGUCGGAUGUUUCAUUCAAACUGCAUACAUUUCCUUCUACCUCUUCUAUGCACCAAAGAAGGUACAAACUAUAAAGUUAAUUUUCGUGCUGAUAGUUUGUGGGUUUGGUCUCAUCGUUCUCACGAAUCAACUUGUGGUUAAAGCUUCGAAACGUACCAACGUUGGAUGGAUUUGUCUAGUAGUUUCAUUGUGUGUAUUUAUUGCCCCUCUAGGCAUUGUGAGACAAGUUAUACAAACAAAGAGCGUCGAAUAUAUGCCAUUUCUUCCAUCAUUUUUUCUCACAAUUGGCGCUGUUAUGAAGUUCUUCUAUGGUCUACUACUCAAUGAUUUUAUCAUUGCUAUUCCAAAUGUUCUAGGCUUCAGCGUCGGGGUUCUUCAAAUGGUGCUUUAUGUAAUAUACAAAGAUGCAGACAAGGGUGAAAAGAAAAAGCUUCCUGAAAUAGCAAAUAAAAUUAUAAUUUUGGAAGAACAAAAAACUCAAGAAUUAACUGGGCAAAUUGUUGACAUUGUAAAUAUCAGUGCACUGUUAAAUUCAGAGAAAACCUCAGUUGUUUCACAGCCAAAUAAUGAUGGAAUUGAAGACACACAUGUACAUCAGAAUUUGCCCAAUGAAAUUGAAGUUAAAAUGUAA